CGAAUCCCAAGCCCCUUGCCAUCUCUCUCUCUCCUCACGCCUUGCAAGCAAGAGAGAAGACCGGAGUAGAGAGAGAGAGAGAGAGAGAAAGUGAUCGUUCUUUUCCCCCUUUAGCUCACAGAUUUGCAGAGCAUCCUUUCCUCCUCAAGCUCACAAGAACUCCGCAUCUCUGUCCGCUGUUAAUCCAAGCAUUCCCCUCUUCAUCACGGCAUUGAUCUAACCCGAGUCCUUGAUCGGAGAUCACCGCCCGCCUUCACCGGUCGCGCUGGAAGGCGUCGAGAUUUGGGCUCUCUCGGUGCUUUUCUUGAAGAGACCGCAGAGGUCGCCGAACAUUACGUCUACUUCGGGGUUUUGGUUCAAGAUCAUGAUUUGUUUGUCGCUCCUUUGGGGAAUGGCUUGCAGAGUGUAGAGGAUGCCUGACAUAGAUGGGUAGAAGUGUGUCCUUGUAAUUCCUUGAAGAGGAUUACAUUGUAAGAGCAUUCCACAAACUUGGGACAUGACGACUUGUAGUAGCUUUCUGUUGUUGUAGGAACACGUUAUUUGCUGGACUUGAUGCUGUCUUAUUCCCCAUGAAACAAGAAACUUCUUAAUUCUAAUACUAAUGGAUUCCAGUAGAAUAGGAGGAAACAUGAGCCAUAGUCGCCAGAUGGAAGUUCAUUAUAUAGAUACUGGAUUUCCCUACACUGUUACAGAGAGCUUUAUGGAUUUGUUUGAAGGCCUUAUGUAUCCUCAGACCGAUGCCAAUUCAGCAGAAGUUUUUCAGGAUCAGGGAAAUGCAUAUCACUCAACAGUUCAUACAAGCUCAUUCAAGUAUGGGUUUUCUAGUGCAGCUAGUGAUUCAUAUUACAGUUUCGGCCAUGCGCAUGAGAUAAAUUGUUUUACUCCACAAUUAGACGCAGCAAGGAGGAUGUGGGAUGACCCUGCCCCAUUGAACAUAUUUGACUCACCACAACUAUUUCUGCAUGGGAAUUUAGGUGUGGAAACAAGAACUCCUAGUGCCGAAGAAUGCAUUCAGGUGCGAGAGAAUACAAAUGAUGGUGCAAAUGGUGGUCAGGCUGUUUGGCAGGACAACAUAGACCCAGACAACAUGACAUAUGAGGAGUUACUUGAUUUGGGUGAGGCAGUUGGAACACAGAGCCAUGGUCUUUCUCAAGAACAAAUUUAUUCACUUCCUGUCUCAAAGUACAAGUGUGGCUUCUUUUCUAGGAAAAAAUCUCAGGGGGAGAGAUGCAUCAUUUGCCAGAUGAACUACAAGAGAGGGGAUAGACAAAUUACUCUUCCAUGCAAGCAUGUCUAUCAUGCUAAUUGCGUGACACAGUGGCUUAGCAUAAACAAGGCAUGUCCAGUUUGCUUGGUGGAGGUCUCAGUUGAGGAGCCUAGGCGUCAAUGAAUUCUAGUCGGCGACUUGCACGGAAGUUUUUGGCUAUUUUCAUCACUUAAAAUUGCAUCUCUUUUUCUGUUUUUUUGCUUCCCUUUUCUAUUUCAUCUUCAUGUUUGCAAACAUGGAACUGGACCAGUUACACUGUUCUCCUUCUGUCUGGUGUGGCGCAAGGAUCAUGGUAGGUUAUGAUCAAGUAAAUGCAUUUAGGCCCAUGUUAAUUGGAUUCUGUUUGGCCCUAAAAGAUUCUGCUGCUUUAGUUAUGUGUUAUCUUUUUACUAGGAUAUGUCCUUCAUUUGAUCUCUGAAGACAGAGUUCCUCAGUUCUUGCUCCUAAGGAUUUCAUGCUUUACAGCUUUUGCAGACCACCCACUUGGCAAUCCAUCUGAUGAGUAAAGGAAGUUAAAGAUUCCUGAAUUCAUUUCCAGAGAAUGCAUGACGGAGGAGUCGUCAUGACGAUAAAGUUCUAACAAGCAGAUGUCCAUCUGCCCUAAUAUUUUGUGGUAUCAAUUCAUAAUAUCAAUCUUGUGUGUUGAAUUGUCCAUCUCAUUGUUGAUCUGUAGCUCCAGAGUCAGAUUGGUCUUGGAGAUAAAUCCGAGGUGCCAAAUUUCUUGCCAAGACAAACACUGCAUUAUCUAUGACUGUAGUUGGCACCCAUCUCAUAUUGUUUGCGUGUGUUUUUAGUUUUUUUUAUUAUUGAAGUCAAGUCAAGCUACAAUUGACUCUGCUGGUUUAGACCCAGUAAUCCUUGUCCUGAAUCCAAGCCUACCUGAUUGAUUGUGUGCUGACACAAA